AUGAAUAGCGCUGUGGAGGGCUGCUUGCGUAAAGGCUUCAAUGAAGGCAUAACCGAGCCUCACGGGCCCACGCAUAAGCGUUUGCAAGUCGUACGCUCUGGUGACAGGGUUCUUGCCCAAGCAAUCCAUGUCUCAGAGUCAUCCAUAGCCCUCAGGGUACUCUGUGUCGAUGAUGGGCUACGUUUAGACGCCACAUAUGGAGUAAUCCGGUAUAAGGACGCAGGGGUCUCUCCAGGAACUGCACUGCACACGAUAGCCAGGUCCGGUACCUACUUGAUAUGUGAGGUCCUUACCGUGAGCACGCCCUGUAUUCUCCGGCCUUGGCCAGAGACCCUUUGA